GACCUAAAAGAGAGAAGACGGGGGCGGGGCGGCGAAGAGCGGGCUGGGGUGCGACCCGGUCGCUGACGGCGUCGAGGAAGAGCGAGGACAAGGUCUUCAAUCGCGUGCACGAGGGAAGCACUUCCUCUACGUCGUCUUCAACUUCGUCUUCGCUACCUUCGCCGGCAAUCGAGUGACUCUGUCUCGGUGGUUGCUUGAGGGCAGCGGAGGUGAGGGUUCCCAUCAUGGUCUCGCGAGCACACGUCGAUGAAAAUUGCAGCACCAUACUUAGCUGUAGUGAGGAUGACUCGAUAUGUUGCUGGGACAGUCUCACGAAGAUGUGUUUGUUGUAAGGUUAUGAAAUCAUGAAGACUCAGAACCUCCUAUCAAGGAUGCCAUGAUGCUGAAUGGCGACCUUUUUGUCUACCGGUCUCCGUAGUCCAAACCUUUUGUCAGGAUUCUCUCUGCAACUCGAGGUUGAGAUUGCAAGGCUUGUUUGUGAUGGCGACCGAGCACAUGGCGUCUUUUGGAGAACUGUUCCUUGGCUCCCUAUUGCAUCGUCCUGCUCUAAAUCCAAGCUCUAAAUCCAACUUCUCGGUGCGUCGGCAAGCCGUCAACAUCGACAAAGACGCUGAUUGAUGCAAAUAUAUCAAUUGUACUUGCUGCAUGAAAGGUCCAGUAGAGGAGUCAGGAUGUUGCCUUCUUGAGGUAACGAGAACAGGAGAUGCCUUCUUCAACGAUGGAGGACGUCGCAGGUGGCGACACGGGCGACGCGGAGGCGGCGGCACGGGUGCUGGACGGGAUCGUGCACGCGCUGGAGCGGAUGGUGGCGCGGAACGAGCGGGUGACACGGACAGACGCGGAGGAGGAGGAGGAUGAGGAGGAGGGGGAGACGGCGGCGUUAGGAGCAGAGCGGAUGCGGGGGAGGGGGCUGGCGGCGUUCCGGGGGACGCGGUCGCCGGGCAUCAGCGUGGGGAAGUACCUGGAGCGGCUGUGGCGGUACACGGGGUGCAGCUCCUCGUGCUUCGUGGUGGGCUUUGUGUACAUCGACCGGGUCGCCCACCGCCACCCGGCCUCCCCCGUCGUCUCCCUCAACGUCCACCGCCUCGUCCUCACCAGCCUCCUUAUCGCCUCCAAGGUCCUCGACGACAAGCACCACAACAACGCAUUCUUCGCGAAGGUGGGCGGCGUGAGCAACGCAGAGCUGAACCGGAUGGAGUUGGAGCUCCUCUUCCUGCUGGACUUUGGCCUGGUGGUGAGCUCUCGGGUGUUCGAGAGCUACCGCCGGCAUCUUGAGAAGGAAAAAAUGCUGGCCCGGGCCACUCAAGAGUUGGGCAGAGCCGUCGUCGAUGCCUCUGCCAAUGGUGGUGUCCAUGGUCUCCGUAAUGGCUCGUCGCGGCACUCUUUUUCGUCACCACGCUGCUCUAUAGACUGGUGAUGCACAUCAAUCAUCCUCUUCACUCCAUGUCGAGAAGAAGAAAUUGGAAGAUCAUGUGAAUUUGUACUAACUACUUAAUUACUGUGGCUCCUGCACUACCAGUUCAAAUCAUGCAGCUGAACUUUUACCAA